CGUGAAACUCCGCCUUAAACAAACUUACACUAGAUAUCAUCAUCAUAAAAUCUGGAUUUCGUCAGUAGCUCGGUUGUAUUUUGCAGUACUUAGUAAGCGGUGUUUGAGGAAUCUCUGCACCAGAGGAAGCGCUCUGUGAGGAUGGAGAGCUCUGGUGACCCAAGUGGUCCUCCACGGACGCCGCAUGUAGGGGGAGCCAGAGGGCUGCCGAUGGGCCGUCGUCUGCCUGCUUCAAUCUCUCCGGGACGCCUCCCCACGAUGCGCUCCAGAGACCUCACAUUAGGAGGAGUCAAAAAGAAAACCUUCACGCCCAAUAUUAUUGGUCGAAAAUCAAAAGAGGAAUUAAAGGCUGAUGAAAGAACGAGACGGGAUAAGAAGGAUGUGGAUCGAGGUCGGCAGCGGGACGGCCGAGGGAGGGGCCGAGGUCGCCCGGAGGUCAUCCAGUCUCAUUCUAUCUUUGAGCAGGGGCCUGCAGAGAUGACGGCCAAGAGGAAAGGUGUAUAUGAUGAUACCAGAGAAACAACAAACAGUGGCCCUUCACCUAUCAUCAACAUCAAAAAGGGGAGAGAGACCGAAGAGGAGACCAAAGAAAUCCUGCGCAAACUUGAGAAGGACAAUUUUCUGGAUGACCCUCACCUGAGAGGAGAAAGAGGAAGCUGUCCUGUGCAGCUGCCACUGGCUGUGUCGGGAUGGGUCUUCAAAGAGGAGUUUAGCGAGGAGACCUCAGACCCUGAACCGAUGAGCACAGACAGCGCUAGAGCUGAAGUGAAGAUCAAGCAGGAGCCUUUGGAUAUUCCUGAACCGAAGAAGGCGGAGCCUAUAUUCAGGCAGCCACCCUUGGCUAAACCUGAUUUGCUGCCUGAUUUACUGGAGGUGUGGAAUCACUGCAAAGAGGAGGAGCUUCUCUUCAUGCAGCUUCCUGACUGUCUGCCAGGCCAGCCGCCCACCAGUGACGUCCGGCCCACCAAAACAGAGGUGCAGUCGAGCGACGGACAGGCCAUGAUGCAGAAGACCGAGACUCAGGAUGAAUCUCAAGAUGAGAACACCUGUUGUCUUAAGGAUCUACAGGAGGGUUUGGUGGGAAAGAUGCUUGUGAGGAAGUCAGGGAAAGUUCAGCUUAUACUGGGUAACGUCACCCUGGAUGUGGCCCUGGGAACCCCCUGCGCCUUCCUGCAGGAACUGGUCUCAGUUGAUACAGAGGGCAAGAGGGGAGACAUGUCUGUGCUGGGACACAUUAAACACAAGUUGGUUUGUUCACCGGACUUCCAGGCUCUUCUGGAAAACUAGCUAGAAUCUCCAAUAAUUCACUUCAGUGCUGUAAAUCAAUUUGAGGAAAUGUUCCCAUGCACUAUCACAGAUGGACAACUAGGAGAAGACAUGCUGGAAAAAAAAUGUUGCUAAUGUUGUUACAUUUAAACUAACUGCUUUUGUUCAAGUCAAAUAUAUUUAUGUAUUUUUUAUUUUAAUUUAAUAUGACUGAAUCAACCUGGGUUUUUAAAGGUCCACUUUUUACAUUGUACAUGCAUACAUAGUCUGAUUUAAUUGUGUUACUAAACAAGUAUGUUGUAUUUAAUUUAAUAAAACAUUAAUAGGGUUAAGGAGAAUGAACACAUAAUGAAUUACCAGAUAGCCUACUUAGAUUAUUACCACUAAAAUAAAAUAAUAAAAACUGCUGUUACUUCAUAAACUGUGAUAUGAAGAAUGAUCAGAAAGAACUGCUCCUCGUGAAGGGACUGUUGCUCAGUUUUGCUAAUAUGUCACCGUGACACUGUACUUCUGAACUACACGGCACUUGCUUUAUAAAAGCUUUAAAAACAAGAAGCUGAAGUGACACUAUGAGAAGUCGUGGCAAAUGUGACAUUCACAAGCAUCUUCCCUUUAUUGCAGAUGACUGCUCUUUUGAACUUUGUUCAUCAAAUAAUCCUGAAAAAACGUAUCAUGGGUUCCACAAAAAUAUGAAGCAGCAUAACUGUUUUAAACAUUGAUAAUAAAUGAUAAUGAUAAAAAAAUGUUUCUUGAUAUCAUAUUAGAAUGAUGUCUGAAGGAUCAUGCAUCAAAGGAACAAAUUACAUUUGGAAAUAUAUUAAAAGUGUAAAAUUGAUUUACAAUAUCAUUGUUUUUACAAAAAAAAAAAUUACAUUUGGAACAGGAGCUAUUGUAUAUUUGUAAUGGGCUACGUAUUCUGUAUAAAUAUGAUAAGAAUUGCACACUCUUGCACUUCAGGGAGUCACUAACUGUAAUUCUUCACAACUAGUGAAUUUCAUAUUUUAUUGACUAUAUAUUUAGAUAUACGAUGGGGUCAUGAGAAUGCACUGCAUAGAAUCCCACUGUGCAAUCAUGUAUUUAUUGACUUCUGCUGUGGGACUGUACAGUAAAUAACUAGUCAACUCACGAAGAGUCCUAUUAUUUUAUUUUAUGACUACCUAAAUCUGAAUGAUUUUCUGCUGGGUUCAACUAAUUGCAUUUAUAUAUUUAAACUGUAAUGUAUUUUUAUUUGAUUGCAAAUACAAAAAUAGACUAACUGCUCGACA